GCUGCAAGCUGCACACCCACUUCCAUGCCCAUGCCAGGGCUGGCAAAGAGAUCUACCGGGCGUCCCUAUCAUCGCUGCCCACUCAGGAGGAGCUACUCUGUCACAUUGCUUGGUGGGGUUCCUACUUUGGGGCUCCCAGAAAAACACUCUUCAAGAGCUGAACUAUCACCAUUCGAAAGGAAGCUCUGAAUUUAGCCAGGAUGUCUAUGAAAAUGACAGCAGCCCUGCUCCUGCUCCUGCUACAGCUGAGUGUCUUCUUUGAAUCUGGCAACAGUGGGAAGGUGCUGGUGUGGCCAAUGGAAUUCAGCCACUGGCUCAACUUAAAGACAAUCCUGGAUGAGCUUGUGAAAAAGGGUCAUGAAGUGACUGUUCUGAUACCUUCAGUUUCCCUUUCUUACAAGGCUGAAAACACAUCUGCUAUUGAGUUUGAGAUUUACCCUGUUUCAUAUUCCACGGCUGAUUUAGAGAAACUUUUUCUGGAAUCCAUCAAUAAGUACCUUUAUGAGCUGCCAAAGCAAUCGUUUUGGGGAUACUUUCCAAUGCUGCUUGAACUUACUUUGGCUGAGUCAGAAUAUUCUGAAAGUCUCUGCAAAGAUGUAGUUUUUAACAAGGAACUCAUGACAAAACUACAGAAAUCAAGCUUUGAUGUCGUUCUAGCAGAUCCGUUCUUACCCUGUGGAGAGUUGCUGGCUGAGAUUCUCAAGACACCCCUAGUGUACAGUCUCCGCUUCUUUUUUGGCUCCACAUAUGAAAGAUAUAGUGGAGGACUCCCACUGCCUCCAUCCUAUGUCCCUGUUGCUCUGUCAGAAUUGACCGAUAGAAUGACAUUCAUGGAGAGGGUGAAAAAUGUAAUCUACAUGAUUUAUUUUGACUUUUGGUUCCAAACAUUUUGUGAGAAGAGGUGGAAUCAGAUUUACAGUGAAGUAUUAGGAAGACCCACAACACUCACAGAGACUAUGGGGAAGGCAGAUAUCUGGCUCAUUCGAACCUACUGGGAUUUGGAAUUUCCUCACCCUGUCUUACCAAAUUUUGAUUUUGUUGGUGGACUCCACUGCAGACCUGCCAAGCCCCUGCCUAAGGAAAUAGAAGACUUUGUCGAGUCUUCUGGAGAACACGGUGUUGUGGUGUUUUCUUUGGGGUCCAUGGUGACAAACCUAACAGCAGAAACGGCCAACAUGAUGGCAGCAGGCCUCGCCCAGAUUCCACAGAAGGUUCUUUGGAGAUUUGAAGGCAAGAAGCCAGACACCUUGGGCUCCAACACUCGGCUGUACAAAUGGAUCCCGCAGAAUGACCUUCUAGGUCAUCCAAAAACCAGAGCUUUCAUAACUCAUGGUGGCACCAAUGGCAUCUAUGAGGCGAUCUAUCAUGGCAUCCCUGUGAUUGGCAUACCUUUGUUUGCAGACCAAUAUGAUAAUGUUGUUCAUAUGAAGGCCAAAGGAGCAGCUGUUAGACUGGACUUUCUCACAAUGUCCAGUACUGAUUUGCUCAAUGCGUUGAAGACAGUCACUAAUGACCCUUCUUAUAAGCAGAAUGCCAUGCGCUUAUCAAGAAUUCACCACGACCAACCAGUGAAGCCCCUGGACAGAGCUGUCUUCUGGGUUGAGUAUGUCAUGCGCCACAAAGGAGCCAAGCACCUUCGCCCGGCUGUCCAUGACCUCAGCUGGGUCCAGUACCACUCUCUGGAUGUGAUUGGAUUCCUGCUGGCCUGUGUGGUGACUGUGAUCUUCGUCGUCACAAGGUGCUGCCUCUUCUGUUGCCAGAAGUUUGUGAAAGCUGGAAAGAAGGAGAAAAAGCAGUAGCUGCGCUGGCACAGACUGACACAUGGGCCUUCUCCAGGGAAUUGCUUCAAGGGAAGCCAAGAUGGCAGCCUCCUUUAUCCUGUGACGAGACAACUUUCCUCUCCUUGACUCACCACAGUAUGACUUCCAGAAUUUUAAUACUUAAUUACAAGUUAGAAAUAUUUUUUGCCACUUCUAAAGCUAGAAAGAAGCAAAGACCAAACAAAAUUCGUGCCUCUUGGUGACCCUUCACAGCAGUGGGACACUGGGACACCCUUCCAUUUGGUUUUGUAGAGCAGUGGUACUACUUUGCUUCUGUUUCACUUCAACCUCAGCAUCUGUUUCCUAAGGGACCUCAAGUUGUGGACCUCUUUCCUGCUGAAGUCUUCUCACAUUAGAAUUCAUUUACCUCAGGAUGUUACCUGCCCUUUCAUUGUUUGGUUUGGUUUGGUCUAUGUUUGAGAACAAGGUCUUUUACUUUGCCGAAAGCUCACUGACUCAGCUAGGCUAGCCAGCCACGAAGCCACAGGGAACACCUCCCUCCCUUCUCAGUCUCUGAUUCUCAGUGCUGGGAUUACAAGCACACAGCAAUGUCCUUGAACUUUUUUACAAAUGUUUUAAGGAUCUAACUGUAGUCCUCUUGGUUGCACAAUGAGUGCUUUGAUAACUGAGCAAUCUCCUCAGCCUCUACAAUUGCUUUUGUUGUUUUGUUUUGUUUUGUUUGCUGGCUUUCUUGAGAUGUGGUCUCUCAUCUUUUUUUUUUUUUCAAUGCAGUUUAUUCAGGAACAUUGAACAAUCCUCGGACCCUGGGGAAAGCCAGCCCACAGCUUAAAUAGCCUCUGGGUAGCCAACCCAGGCGUGCCACGGGGGCAAUGCAGAUAGGUCCACAUACAUGGAAGCAAGCCAGAUCCUCGGCCUUAGCCAAAUGUGGAGUUGUUCGUGACAGAGAGCACUCACCAUCGGGAAGGUGGAAGGCGGAAACCAGCUCCAUCUUUAAGGCAUAGCAUUCCGCAGCUCUCUACAGUUCCCCCUUUUUGUUUUAGACGCAUCAGGCAAGAGUAGAGGUCUGAUCUCUGAUAUUAGAAAUAAAUUGGGACUUUGUACAGAUGUUCAUUUAGGUGUCAUCCACCCAAAGAGCAUCAGACCGUCCGAUACCUUUUUCUCAGAGGCGGGACCUGGGGCAUCAACCCGCAUGCAAUCAGACAUGCUCUUCUCUGGGUCCGAAGCGGCUGACCCUGAGUGCAGUGCUUAGCCUCGCAUCCUGAGCGUAUCAUUUUAGCUUUUUAUGGUAUCCAACCAUGCUUGGGGAGAAUGUCCUGCUUCAAUGGCUGUAAAGGCCUGAAUGAUCACAUACACACAGAGAAAGAGAGAGACAGAGACAGAGAGACAGAGAGACAGAGAGAGAGAGAGACUUUUAGAGGAAUAUAGGAGAAAUAAAACAGCCCAGAAACUCAAACCCAUCUCAGUUUCAAGCUUUCAAAUACCAAGAGACACAAAUCUGUGAUGACACACUUGUACAUUAUGACACUUCAUCUCUGAAGGAUUAUGUCUUCAGAGACUAGAAUAUUCCUCACUAAGAAAUAUGUUUUAUAAGACAAGCCAUGAGUUUGUGUUUGUUUUUGUUUUUUUACCCCAAAGCCCACACAGAUAAGAAAUUGGGAUGAAUCUUACAAAUUCCAAACUAGUUAUAAGAAUAAAGGUUUACAUGACAACAAA